GGUGUCGCGCAAGAUCCGCCUAAGCUCGUUAUUCAGCCGCCCCAGGCCCCGCUUCGCCGCCGGCCUCCUCAGCGCCGCUCCCCCGGGGCGCGCGGGCCUGGUCCCGACCCCUCCCCCCCGAGGCCGAGGGGGACCCGCCGCCGCCGCCUUCCCCCUGCCCGGGCCCCUGCGGUGUGUGCGGGGCCCGGCUCCGGCCGGCUUCUCCCCUCCCCGGCGGGGCGAUGGCCGCGAGCGCCAAGCGGAAGCAGGAGGAGAAGCACCUGAAGCUGCUGCGGGAGAUGAGCAGCCUCCCGCCCAACCGCAAGUGCUUCGACUGCGACCAGCGCGGCCCCACCUACACCGACAUGACUGUGGGCAGCUUCGUGUGCACCUCCUGCUCCGGCAUCCUGCGAGGUUUAAAUCCACCCCACAGGGUUAAAUCUAUCUCCAUGACCACAUUCACGCAACAGGAAAUAGAAUUUCUGCAGAAGCAUGGAAAUGAAGUGUGUAAACAGAUUUGGCUAGGAUUAUUUGAUGAUAGAUCAUCAGCAAUUCCAGACUUCAGGGAUCCACAGAAAGUAAAGGAGUUCCUACAGGAAAAAUACGAAAAGAAAAGAUGGUAUGUUCCUCCAGAACAAGCUAAGGUGGUGGCAUCAGUCCAUGCAUCUAUAUCAGGGUCUUCUGCUAGUAGUACAAGCAGCACACCUGAGGUGAAACCGCUUAAAUCUCUCUUGGGAGAAUCUGCACCAGCACUGCACUUAAAUAAAGGCACACCUAGCCAAUCCCCUGUUAUCGUUAGGUCUCAAGGACAACAGCAGCAGGAAAAGAAACAAUUUGACCUCCUCAGUGACCUUGGCUCAGAUAUCUUUGCUGCUCCUGCUCCUCAGUCAACUGCUACAGCAAAUUUUGCUAACUUUGCACAUUUCAACAGUCAUACAGCACAGAACUCUGCAAAUGCAGGUUUUGCAAACUUUGAUGCAUUUGGACAGUCUAGUGGUUCGAGUAAUUUUGGAGGUUUCCCCACAGCAAGUCAGUCUCCUUUUCAGCCCCAAAAUACAGCGUUCAGAACGCUUUCAUCUAGCUGCAGUUUUGGUGAAUUUACUUCAGCUUUCCCUCUCCAGGCUGUACACAGUGGAAGUGUUGGAUCAAUGAAUGCUAACUUUGCUCACUUUGAUAACUUCCCCAAAUCCUCCAGUGCUGAUUUUGGAGCCUUCAAUGCUUCUCAGAGCAACACAACGGCAACUGCUGCCAGUAAAGUUGCAGUGAAUAAACCGAAUCUCCAGUCAGCAGACAAAUAUGCAGCUCUUGCUAAUUUAGAUAAUAUCUUCAGCACAGGGCAAGGUGGUAGUGAGCAAGGAAGUGGCUUCGGCACUGUAGUUACAGCACCGUCAGGUCCUGCUGUGUCAGCCCCAAGUCAGCCAAGUGCAUCUUCAGACAAGUAUGCAGCUCUAGCAGAAUUAGACAGUGUGUUCAGCUCCACAGCAACCUCUAGUAAUGCAUAUACUUCCACCAGUAAUGUUAGCAGCAAUGCUUUUGGAACAGUACCAGUUGCUGCUACUGCACAGACACAGCCUGCAUCUUCGAGUGUGCCUGCUCCAUUUGGAGCAACGCCUUCCACAAAUCCAUUUGUGGCUGCGCCUGUCGCUCCAGUGGCACCUUCAACAAACCCGUUCCAGACCAAUAGCCGAGGAGCUACAGCGGCUACAUUUGGCACAGCAUCCAUGAGCAUGCCUGCAGGAUUUGGAACUCCUGCAUCCUACAGUCUUCCUACUAGCUUCAGUGGCAAUUUCCAGCAGCCUGCCUUCCCAACCCAGGGAGCUUUCCCACAACAGACUGCUUUUGCUCAGCAACCAAAUGGUGCAGGUUUUGCUGCAUUUGGACAGGCAAAGCCUGUAGUAACCCCCUUUGGACAAGUUGCUGCUGUUGGAGUAUCUAGUAAUCCUUUUAUGAACACCUUCACUGCAGAUUUGACAAACACAAAGAAGAUACCAAUGUGAGAUUUCUAAAAAUAGCUACCGCACUCGACCCAAGGUUUAAGAAUCUGAAGUGGCUUCCAAAAUCUAAGAGUGACGAGGUGUGGAGAAUGUUUUCAGAUGUCUUAAAAGAGCAACACUCCGAUGCGGAAACUAUAGAACUCGAACGACCAAAGAAGAAAAUCAACCUUCUGCUGGUGACAUCUGACUCAGAUGAUGAAAAUGAACAUGCAUCAGUCUUUUCUGCUUUGGAUAGUUAUCGAGCAGAACCUAUUAUCAGUAUGGACGCAUGUAUUCUGAAAUGGUGGUUGAAACAUGAAGGGACAUAUGAAUCUUUAGCGCAUCUGGCACGUAAAUAUCUUGCGAUUUUAGCUACAACAGUGCCACGUGAAUGCCUGUUCUCUUUUUCAGGUGACAUUGUAAACAAGACGUGGGCAGCAUUAUCUCCUGCAAAUUGUAACCAAACUUGUUUGUCUUAGCGAUUGGCUGAAGUAGGACCAAGUGGACUUGUAGGUUCUAAAGUUUUAUAUUUUGUGUUUUGAAUGCAGUUAUUUUUUGUACAUAAUUCUACAUUUGUAAGUUCAACUUUCAUUAUAAAGAGAUUGCACUACAUUACUUGUAUUAGGUGAAUUGAAAAAUACUAUUUCUUUGGUUUUUACAGUGCAAAUAUUUGUAAUAAAAAAAUAAGUGAGCACUGUACAGUUUGUAUUCUGUAUUGUAAUUGAAAUCAAUAUAUUUUAAAAUGUAGAAAACAUCCAAAAAUAUUUAAAUAAUGGUAUUCUAUUAUUAUUUAACAGUGCAAUUGAUCACGAUUUUUUUUAAUUGCUUGACAGCCCUCAUAUUAAGCUAUAACAUAAAAAGGAAAUCUUUCUUACCAAGGUAGUAACAGACUUCUGUUUGUUUUUUAUUCCAUCCAGAUACAGUACUUUGUUUUAGGGUUUGCUAUGUGAAAAAACAGUUUGUGCAUUUGAUUUUUUUUUUUUUUUUUUUUGCCUUUGUUUGUUUUUCAGGCUGGUGCACCAGCAGGACAAUUUCCAACAGGAAGCUCAUCAACCAAUCCUUUCUUAUAGCCUUAUAGACACUUUACCCAAAAGAACUCUUACGUGGUCACAGAACAUCUCUGCGCCUCUUGCACUGUUGUCUUGUUUCACUGAUCUUAGCUUUAAACACAAGAGAAGUCUUUAAUAAAAAUCCUGCAUUGUGUAUUAAAACCACCAGGUAAUAUGUGCAAAAUGGAGGGCUGUGUUAACAUCCUUAACCUGUGAAUUGGCAGGAAAAAAGUAGCGGUAUCAUGUAUAUUAAAAUUGGCUAAUAAGUAAUUGCAGAUACCACAUUCGUUAUGCUGCAGUACUGUACAUAUUUUUUCUUAGAAAAUAGCUAUUUGUGCAUAUCAGUAUUUGUAACUUUAACACAUGGUUAUGUGAAAAAUGUUACUGAGGAAAUAGAUCAGCCACUUUGAGGUGCUGUUGUAUCUCUUGGAAUGAAUUACUUGCAUCAUUUUAACCAUUGCUAUUGGAAGUCAUAAAGUCAAAUUGGAGGUUUUGUUCAUUCUCCAAAAUGUUUUCCAUUCCUAAAGAGCUCUUCUAUUUAUACAUGCCUACAUUCUCUGUAAUGUAGAGGGAUACCUGUCUGCCUAAUAAAGCUGAUCAUGUUUUGCUACAGUUUGCAGGUGAAAAAAAUAAAUAUUAGGGGAAAAAAAAAAA